AUGUCGACUCUCCCUCACCCUCCCCGCCAACUCUACUACGAUGGCCAGGUUCAGCCCGCCACGUCCGGCAAAACCUUCACCACCAUCGACCCCUCCAAUGCGACUCCGCUGGCCGAGAUCCAUGUCGCCUCGCAUUCUGAUAUAGACUCUGCUAUCGCUGCUGCUGACCGUGCUUUCCCCUCGUGGUCCCAAACCCCGCCUGUCGCCCGUGCCCGCAUCCUUCAGAAAGCCGCCGCUCUUCUCCGUGAGAAGAACGAUGAGAUCGCCCGCAUUGAAACCCUCGACUCCGGCAAGGCCUACACAGAAACCAGCACUGUCGAUGUUUUCACAGGCGCCGAUACCCUGGAAUACUAUGCCAACCUCGUUGGCGGUGGUGGUCUCAAUGGCGAGACAACCCAAUUGAGAGAAGAUGCCCUCGUUUAUACCAAAAAGGCACCUCUCGGAGUGUGCGCAGGAAUCGGCGCAUGGAACUAUCCCAUUCAAAUUGCCCUUUGGAAGUCUGCCCCCUGUCUCGCUGCCGGAAACACCAUGAUCUACAAACCCAGUGAAUACACCCCUCUCCACGCCCAGACCCUCGCCGAAGUUUACAGGGAAGCCGGUCUUCCUGCUGGUGUCUUUAACGUGGUCUACGGUGCUGGUGAUGUUGGCGCAUACUUGACCGCUCACCCUACCAUCGCCAAGGUGUCUUUCACCGGACAGGUGUCUACCGGAAUGAAGGUCUCCGGUUCCGCCGCUGGAAACAUGAAAUACGUGACCAUGGAGCUGGGUGGCAAGAGCCCGUUGUUGAUUCUCCCAGAUGCCGACUUGGAGAACGCAGUGGAUGGUGCCAUGAUGGCCAAUUUCUACAGUACCGGCCAGGUGUGCACAAACGGCACCCGAGUGUUUGUGCCGGCCAGCUGGAAGGUUGCAUUCGAAAAGCGCCUUCUCACAAAGAUGCAAUACAUUCGCCCAGGUCCUUUGUUCGAUGAAGCUACAAACAUGGGACCCCUGAGCUCCGCCAUCCACCAUGAAAAGGUCACCUCCUACAUCAAGCACGGUAUCGAAACAGAUAAGGCUACCCUCCUGUACGGUGGUUUGGGUAAACCGCAGGUCCCCAAGGACCUAGAGGCCGGAUUCUGGGUCCGCCCAACCGUCUUCACCGAUUGCACCGAUUCCAUGCGCAUCGUCAAGGAGGAGAUCUUCGGUCCCGUCAUGUCUAUCCUCUACUAUGAGACUGUUGAAGAGGCUGUGCGACGCGCCAACACUACUGAGCUGGGUCUGGCUGCGGGUGUCUUCACCAAGGAUCUCAACCAGGCCCACCGCAUCAUCGACCAGCUCGAGGCAGGUAUCACAUGGAUCAACACUUGGGGUGAGAGCCCGGCUGAGAUGGCCGUUGGUGGAUGGAAGAACAGCGGUCUUGGUGUUGAGAACGGGCGGAAGGGUAUUGAGGCUUGGGUGAAGAACAAGAGCACCCUGAUGGACAUGAGCGGUGCUGUUGUUACCGUCUUUGCCAAGCUAUAA